AAAGAUGCUUUGGGCGACUGGGAUCCUUGCUGCUCAGCGGGAAGGCAGCAGGCAAGUGGUCUAGCGGCGGCGGCGGCAGCGGCGGCAACAGCAAAGCGAAGAGCAAGAGAAUUUGAAAAGAGGCAUCCGCUCCCUCUCACACGCUGAGGGGGAGGCAUUCGCGUUUCCCCAAACGAAACGGAGCCACAAGAAAUCAUGAAGUAAAAACUUUGGAGAGCUGCCACUAGAGAUGUUGCACGAAAAUCUGGAAUCUUUUAGGAGUCUCCUCCCAGUCGUUGGAGAUUUGGGGAGCAGCUGAUACUGCAAGGAGGGCUCUUGCAAGGAUUCAAGUUCCAGAGCCCUGGAAGAGCGGCAGAGUGGGAGAGCGUGGCAAGAGAAUGAAGAAACCAACCGCCCCGGAGAAGCAUGAGGUGGCAGUGGGGCACUCGGUUUAGAGGGCUUUGGCCGGCGGCCCCAUGGGCAGCGCUGCUGGCACUGGGCCUGCCCGGCUGGGUGCUGGCCGUCUCGGCCACGGUGGCCGCCGUGGUCCCAGAGCAGCAUGCUGCCUCAGCUGGCCAGCCGCCCCUGGACUGGCUGCUCACAGACCGGGGCCCCUUCCACCGCGCCCAAGAGUAUGCCGACUUCAUGGAGCGCUACCGGCAGGGAUUCACCACCAGGUACAGGAUCUACAGGGAGUUUGCCCGUUGGAAGGUGAACAAUCUGGCUCUGGAACGGAAGGACUUCUUCAGUCUGCCUUUGCCUCUCGCCCCAGAGUUCGUCCGGAACAUCCGCCUCCUGGGAAGGAGACCCAACCUGCAGCAGGUUACUGAAAACCUGAUCAAAAAGUACGGCACUCAUUUCUUACUUUCCGCCACCCUUGGAGGAGAAGAGUCCCUGACCAUUUUCGUGGACAAGCGGAAACUGAGCAGAAAGGCAGAGACAGCAGGAGGUGGCCCUGUCCUCGGGGGCAGUGGGAACAGCUCUGCCGUGUCCCUGGAGACCCUGCACCAGUUGGCAGCCUCCUACUUCAUUGACAGAGAGAGCACUCUGCGCCGGCUGCACCACAUACAGAUAGCCACCGGGGCCAUCAAGGUCACAGAGACCAGGACCGGUCCUCUGGGUUGCAGCAACUAUGACAAUCUGGACUCGGUCAGCUCUGUCCUGGUGCAGAGCCCAGAGAACAAAGUGCAGUUACUAGGCCUGCAGGUGCUGCUGCCCGAGUACCUGCGUGAGCGUUUUGUGGCUGCGGCCCUGAGCUACAUCACGUGCAGCUCUGAGGGGGAGCUGGUCUGCAAGGAGAGUGACUGCUGGUGCAAGUGCAGCCCCACUUUCCCAGAAUGCAACUGUCCGGACGCCGAUAUCCAGGCCAUGGAGGACAGCUUGCUGCAGAUCCAGGACGCCUGGGCCACUCACAACCGGCAGUUUGAGGAGUCAGAAGAGUUCCAGGCCCUGCUGAAAAGGCUGCCCGAUGACCGGUUCCUGAACUCCACAGCCAUCUCCCAGUUCUGGGCCAUGGACACUGGCCUCCAGCACCGCUACCAGCAGCUGGGAGGCAGCUUGAAAGUGCUGUUCAAGAAGACCCAUCGGAUCGUCCGCCGCCUCUUCAACCUCUGCAAGCGCUGCCACCGGCAGCCUCGCUUCCGCCUUCCCAAGGAGAGGUCCUUGUCCUACUGGUGGAACCGAGUCCAGUCCCUCCUCUACUGCGGAGAAAGCACCCUCCCUGGCACCUUCCUGGAACAGAGCCACAGCUGCACCUGCCCCUAUGACCAAUCUUCCUGCCAGGGCCCCAUCCCCUGUGCCUUGGGUGAAGGGCCCGCCUGUGCCCGCUGCGCUCCAGACAACAGCACACGCUGUGGGAGCUGCAACCCCGGCUACGUGCUGGCCCAGGGGCUGUGCCGGCCAGAGGUGGCCGAGUCCCUGGAGAACUUUCUUGGGCUGGAGACGGACCUGCAGGACCUGGAGCUGAAGUACCUGCUGCAGAAGCGGGACAGCCGCAUCGAGGUCCACUCCAUCUUCAUCAGCAACGACAUGCGUCUGGGCAGCUGGUUCGACCCUUCGUGGAGGAAGCGCAUGCUGCUCACCCUGAAGAGCAACAAGUAUAAGCCUGGGCUAGUGCACGUGAUGUUGGCCUUGUCCUUGCAGAUCUGCCUCACCAAGAACAGCACCCUGGAGCCUGUCAUGGCCAUCUACGUCAACCCCUUUGGGGGCAGCCACUCUGAGAGCUGGUUCAUGCCCGUGAAUGAGGGCAACUUCCCCGAUUGGGAAAGGACUAACGUGGAUGCAGCUGCCCAGUGCCAAAACUGGACUAUCACCUUGGGGAACAGGUGGAAGACCUUCUUUGAGACAGUCCAUGUUUACCUGCGGAGCCGAAUCAAGUCCCUAGAUGACAGCUCCAAUGAGACAAUCUACUAUGAGCCGCUAGAGAUGACGGACCCCUCGAAGAAUUUGGGCUACAUGAAAAUCAAUACUUUGCAGGUCUUUGGCUACAGCCUGCCCUUUGACCCAGAUGCCAUCCGGGACUUGAUCCUCCAGUUGGACUACCCAUACACUCAAGGUUCCCAGGACUCUGCGCUCUUGCAGCUGAUUGAGCUCAGGGACCGGGUGAACCAGCUUUCCCCACCUGGCAAAGUCCGGCUCGACCUUUUCUCCUGCCUGCUCAGGCAUCGGCUCAAGCUGGCCAACAAUGAGGUGGGCAGGAUCCAGUCCUCCCUGAGGGCUUUCAAUUCAAAGCUGCCAAAUCCUGUGGAGUAUGAGACGGGCAAACUCUGUAGCUAACUGGGGGGGACCUCCUCCAGUGCCAGGCAGGGAGAGGAUCCCCAAAUCCAGGGUACAGAGAGAAUCCAAGCCCCUGCCUUAGUGCCAACAGGAGACGUUCAGCACCCAGGACCUGGGACCCUGAAGCUGGGGUUAAGCAGGCCAGAGAGAAACGGCCUCUGCACCUGUGCACAGAUGCACGUGCCCUGGAGCUCGUGCACGCGCACACACAC